AUGUAUACCGACAUUUCGGUCCCUUCUAACCACACUCAGCCUUCUGGUCCGUCUACUCAGCCUAGUGAUCCUUCUGCCUCGACCUCGGAGGCGCAAUGGCUGGAGGAGGAUAGUACGCAUGUUGUUUUCAAGCAUUUCAAGGUUCCCAUCCGUCCCGACACAGUCGGGACUGUCCGCGUUUGCAAGUAUUGCUCCAAGGAGUUCAAGGGUGGUGCGUUUCGAUGCGCUCAGCAUCUCGCGAAAUGGAAGGGACAGCGCUCUCGCGACGUCCGCUUGUGCGCUAAGGUUCCGCCCGACGUGCGAGCGGCGGUGGCCGCGCAUUACGAGAAGAAGGCGUCCAACCGCGACGAAAAACGGCGGGCCGAGGAUGCUGCGCUCAAUGCUGUCGUGGGAGGUGCGAAGAGAGGACGCAUCACCGACUUCAUUGGCGACGAGGCGCAGUGCAAGAAGGGCGAGGCGGACUACGCCGUCAGUUUGUUCUUCGCCGGCUGUCGCAUUCCCGAACACCACGCCGACAAUCCAUUGUGGCGCAACAUGGUCAGGGCCAUUAACAACGCACCCCACGGUUACCUUGCGCCGCGACGGAACUACGUGGGAGGAGCUGGGCUGAAGCAAUGCCGCACGAGCAUCGAGAAGGGGCUUCAGCCAAUCGCCGCGAGCUGGAAGAGGGAUGGCGUCACCGUCUCCUCCGACUUGAUGACCGAUCGGUGUGGGAGGCCGCAGGCGAACGUCAUGCUGGUCAACGAUUCGGGAGCGGUGUUCGUGGAGGCUAUCGACUGCAACAUGGAGUCCAAAACCGGCGGCUACAUCGCGUCGCUCCUCCGCCCCAUCAUCGAGAAAGUGGGGCCCGAAAACGUGGUCGCUCUUUGCAUGGACGGCGGCUCCAACUACGGUGCCGCCUGCAAGGAGCUGAUGGCGGAUUGGCCCCACAUCGAGUACGUGCCGUGCGCUACGCACGUGCUCGACCUCCUGAUGGAGGACGUGGGCAACCUCACGUGGUGCAAGGACAUUGUGGAUCUGUGCGGGGACAUGAUCACCUACGUCCGCAACCACCAUUUCACCCGCAACUACCUGAGGAGUAAGAAGGUGAAGGGAGGAAAGGGGAAGCAGCUUGUGAAGCCGGCGGGGACCAGGUUCGGCACCAACUACAUCGCCCUCUCCAGGCUCGUCGAGCUGCGGUCCACGCUGUCGCAGAUGGUGCUGAGCGAGGAGUUCGCCAACUGGUCGGCGGGGGCUAGGAAGCAGACGGCGGAUACGUUCCGCGGCCAAGUCAUGGACGAUGCCUGGUGGAAGAACGCUUCGUACCUGGCGGAGCUGUUGGCGAUUCCAUUCAAGGUGAAGCGGGCCACGGACAGCUGCGCCAAAGGGAUGAUGGGGACUAUCUACGACCUAAUGCUCCAGCUGACCGAGGACGUGAACGACAAGCUGGAAGCGGGAGAGCAGAUUCUGCCGCGGGCGGUUGCGACUGACAUCGGGAAGAUUGUUAGGCGCCGUUGGGACGAGAGCCUUGCAUGCGCUCUUCACGUCGUGGGGCGGAUCCUCAACCCGGGAAAUCAGGAAGAGGGUAUUUUCCGCAACGACAUGGAAUGUACCCGCAUCUUCAAGGCCUUCAUCGCACGUCACUACGACGGUAAGACGUUCACCAACAAGGAUGGUGAGGAGAGGCGUGCCUCUCUUGUUUUGCAGGAGGGGCUCACGGCCUUCCUCACCCUUGAAGGUUCCUUUGGCCUUCCUGAGGCAAUUGCCGACAGAGAGGCCGUGAAGGCAGGCAAGCAGUCGAUGGUGGCGUGGUGGGGAUGGCACGGGACUGACCACCCCCACCUGGCCAGCCUUGCGUGCCGUGCCCUGACACAGCCGGUGUCGGCGUCGCCGUGUGAGCGCGGGUGGGCAUCGUUCGAAUCGGUGCACACUGCCCGCCGCAACAGGCUAGGCUCGGAGAAGCUCCGAGACCUAGUUUUUGUGACCCACAACUGGCGUGUGGUCCACAAGUACCACAAGAUGGGUGAGUCACUGGCGGUGCUUCCGGGCAACAUACCUGAACCCGCUCUGCCGGAGGGAUACAACGAGGAGGAGGAAGGGGAGGAGGAGGAGGAGGGGGAGGGGGAUGAAGCCGUGCUGGCCGAUGAGUACGUGAAGUAA